GGGCCAUUCGCCUCAUGAGCCUUGCGCGGAAACGAACGCUGCCAUCUGGUGAGAGCAAUGCGCCGGCCAAGAAACGACGGAAGCCUGCUGUUGUGCUUCCACAGUACCACGAGAGCCCUUCGGUCAAGAACGAGGAUGGCAGCAUCCAAUGGCCUGCACCGCAAUCGCAAAUUGAUCACGCACGCGACAUCAUCCUGCAAAGUGCGCAGUCCAGCGGCCGCAUUCUGAUUGUGCCUGACAAAGAUGCCGAUGGACUAUCUGCCGGAGCAAUCCUGCGUCACACUCUGAUGCUGCUGGGAGUCUCGGCCGAGCGUAUCCAUGUUCAUCUCCUCGGCAAGGGUAGCAACGUGCAUAGCGAGCUGGAGCGACAUGGUAUGGCUGCCAGCAAGCCCGACUACAUCUUUGUUUUAGAUACAGGCUCGGGUGCUGGGCCGCCUCUGAUCGACGGGGAACAUGUUGGUCUUGUCAUCGACCACCACUACGCCACGGCGACCGACUUCCCCCAUGCUGCCUCAUACGUGACAGCCUGUGACUCUCCUCCUGUGGCCACGUCUGCGCUGCUCACCUAUCAUAUUUGCGAGCCAUUACAUCCCGACGUCGCGUCGACAUGUGACUGGCUGUGUGUAGUUGGAACAAUUGGUGAUCUAGGCAACUCGUUGAAAUGGCAACCUCCGUUCCCAGAUAUGUCGACGACGCUCAAAAAGUACACCAAGAAGACUUUGAGCGACGUCGUGAGUCUAGUCAACGCGCCACGACGAACAGCAACAUACGACGUACACUCCGCUUGGGAGGCACUCUCCAGCGCGACUGAGCUCAGUCAUAUCACGACGAACGCACGCUUACGAGCUGCUCGCGCAGAAGUCUUCAAGGAAGUCGAGCGUUGUAAACACGCUGCACCCCAGUUUUCGGGCGAUGGCAAAGUCGCAGUCUUCCGAAUCCAAAGCGCCGCCCAGAUCCACCCGAUGAUUGCCGCUCGAUGGGCAGGUCAUCUGCAAUCCAAUAAGCUUGAAAUUGUCAUGGUCGCCAACGAAGGCUAUCUCGACAACAAGGUCAAUUUCAGCUGCCGCAUACCCCGAUGCGCAAGAAACAGAAAGACUCCUGUCAAUAUUAUCGAAAGUCUCAAAGCUUAUGCAAGCUUACCUGACCUCAAGGUUGCCGCCGAAAAUGGUGAUGCUCCGAAAGAAGGGCCUGGGCGAGAAGCAGAAGCAGAAGAAGCAGAACCGACACUAUUACAGAGAAUGGGCGAACAUUUCGCACGUGGUCAUGUCCAGGCCAGUGGCGGCAUUGUGGCGCCGGAAGAUUUCGAAGAACUCAUGAGGCGAAUGGAAGUUGGUGUGAAGAAGAAGAAGAAGAAGGAAGAGGAGGCAGAAGAAGAAGAAGAGGCGAGUAGCAGUAGAGGUAGUCCCAGCAAGACGAAGAAAAGAGAAAUCGAUGCCACACAGAAGAACACUCUUUUGACAUAUUUUGGCAAAAAAAGUUGAUUGACUGCAUGAAG